CACAGGGGGGUGAAUUCUCCUCCCCCCUCCUCUUCGCACAUUACUGAUAUAUAUAUAUAUAUUCAUUAUUUUCUGUUAUUUUUCAGGGAUGAAUAUAUAGAUUUAUUUUUUCUAAAUCGGCCAGAUCUUCUAAAUAUUGAUGUUGGUGAUAUAACUCAUCGACGAAUUUUGCGAGAAAAAUUAAAGUGCAAGUCUUUCAAAUGGUAUUUAGAAAAUAUUUACCCAGAAAAGUUUAUUCCGAACAGAAACGUUCAGUUUUAUGGAAGAUUUUCUGCAAAAAAUCAAAACCUCUGCUUGGACGACUUACAACAAGAUAACGAGAAACCAUACAAUUUAGGUGUUUAUUUUUGUUCAACACAAAAUAUUACUCGAUCACAAUUCUUUUCAAUAACUCGCGAAGGUGUUCUUCGAAAUGAAUUAUCUUGUGCUUCAAUACAACAAAAUUAUUCGAAAAGAAGUUAUGUCGUAAUGGCCGCAUGUUUUGAUAAUGACGCAUAUAAUGAAAAAUGGGAAUUCUUAGAGAAUUCAAGUCAAAUUAGAAAUGUUGUUAAUAAUAUUUGCCUAGAUUAUAGCGGGUUGAACGCACAGGAUAAUAUAUUUGCCCAAGAAUGCGAUUCACGAAGUGAAACUCAGAAAUGGAGAGUUGAGACAAAUUGAUUUUUAUACAAAAAUAAGACAAAAUAAAUAAAGAUAAAUUUCAAAAAAGGAUUAA